AUCACUUUCAUCAGAAUUACUAAACCAAACCCCUGGUAACAUCACAGUGCAUGAAACUGAACACCUCCACUAUUUAAAAAAAACAAAAAACUGUUAUAUUAUUAAGCAGUGUUUUUACCCUUGCUCUCAACGACCUUCCUUUCAUCCGACCUUCUGCGUGUCUCUCUUUCAAUCUUCCCAUGAUAUGUUGUACACCCCAGGGCAUGAUUGGGAGUGAUGACCCUGAUUCCUGAUUGGCUGUCACUUACUUGGUGCAACUUUGCUGCCUCAAAAGAAUCCAAAGCACCCUUUGUACUGAACAGGCUUGUAUAUAGCUAAUGGAAAUCACAGUGUCAUUGUUAAAGAUGGGAUCAUUGAGAGGAUUAGGAUUUUUUAUUUGGAUCGCUCUGGCUCAGAUUAAAACCACUCAGACACAAGAUUGCAGCAUCAUCACAUCUGUCUCUUCCCCAUCGGCCUCAUCACUGCUUGUGCAAUGGAACAGCUACCCAGGGGCCACCAACUACAUCCUGGACCUGCGUGUGGUGAACAUGAGCAGUGUGGCACCUGUGGUGGUCACAGUUUCUGUCUCACCUACACAGAAAGAAGUCUUCGGCCUGAAACCGGGCACUCUGUACACGGUUGUGGUCAAAGUAUUCCGCUUCUACCUUGUUGAGUGUUCGGAUACAAGAAUAGCGAGGACAGUCCCAGACACAUCUCAGAUAAGCUCCUCACGGGCAAUAUCAAGUACAGCCAUCGCGUUAGAGUGGGACCGGGUGUCCUCUGUGGAUCAAUACUUCAUCUUGGUGAACUCCUCGAUAACCGGCGAGCGCUACAAUCUCUCCUUCACAAACACCAGCGCAAUCAUCACUAACCUGCGACCCAGCACCUCGUACGACUGCUAUGUUUUCACCUCCAACUCAGCCGGCCUGGGUGCGAGGAGCCGAGUGCGCACUGUCACCACACUGGUUCAGCCACCGGCCGUAGUCACAGUGGCGCCCCUCUUGAAUCAGGCCGUGCGUGUCACAUGGCAGCAUGUGGACAAGGUUCUCAUAUACUAA